AUGUCGCUCUCCUCGCAGGCCGUAACUCGAUGCUGCCGACGGAUUGUUCGCCCAACCGCCUCGCUACAACUUUCGUCCUCUACAUAUAUGUCUCAGCGGACACUCAGUCGGAGAUGGCAAUCCACCGAGGCGGAGGCUGCUGCUCCUGCCAAUCCUAAGAUCAGCCAGAUUGUCGACCAGAUUAGCCAAUUGACCUUGUUGGAGACAGCGGAUCUCGUGUCAACCUUGAAGUCCCGCCUCAAUAUCCCCGAUCUCCCCGUUGGCGGUUUCGCCAUGGCCCCCGGCGCAGGCCCUAGUGCCGCUUCUGCUCCCGCUGAAGAAGAGGACGCCGCUCCUGCUGCUCAGGAAAAGACUCUCUUUAACGUGAAACUGGAAGCUGUCGACGCUGCCUCCAAGGCCAAGGCCAUCAAGGAGGUCAAGACCCUCCUGGGUCUGUCUCUCGUCGACAGCAAGAAGUUCGUCGAGUCCGUGCCCAAGGUCCUGAAGGAGUCUGUGCCUAAGGAGGAUGCUGAGAAGAUCAUCGAAACCCUCAAGGCCGUUGGUGCUAAGGCUGUCAUGGAGUAA